AUGAAUUCCAAGAAACCUGCUGUAGUCAUCGCAGGAGAUUCAUUGAUUAAAAAUUUUCAAGGCUGGAGGGUCUCUAAAGGUAUGAAUUAAAGUCAAAACGGUGGAUAAAGCUUUUCCUGGAGCCUCCGUUGAAGACAUGUUUUAUUACAUCAAACCUACAAUCAAGCAUCACCCUGAAGAAAUUAUUCUUCACGUGAGAACAAACGAUUUGAAGAACUCGGACUCUAGGAAGGUUGCUGAACGAAUUGUCUAUCUAGGAAAUUUAAUUGAAGCCGAAUCUUCCAACACAAAGGUAACAAUUCCGAACUUAUUACCAAGAACUGAUGACCCCGCUUUGAACUCAAAGGCUAAACAGGUUAAUUAA